GGUGCUAUUAAAAUCCCAACUGUUUCCAUAUCUCCAGAGGACUUGAAUACAACUGCCAUGGCAGAAUUUGGGAAUUACAUUCAGAAAGUCUUCCCGGCUGUAUUUUCUUCAAAGUUCAUUCAACAUGAAAUUGUUGGGAAAUACAGCCAUCUCUUUGCUGUUCAGGGUUCGAACCCUGAAAUGAUGCCCUAUAUGCUGCUUGCACACAUGGAUGUUGUGCCUGCGCCCCCAGAGGGCUGGGAUUUCCCUCCUUUCUCAGCUGCAGAGCAUGAAGGUUUCAUCUAUGGACGAGGAACGCUGGAUAACAAAAACUCUGCCAUAGGUAUUCUGCAAGCUCUAGAAUUUUUGCUGAGAAGAAAUUACAGACCCCGCAGAUCUUUCUAUGUUGGCAUUGGACAUGAUGAAGAGGUGCAUGGUCGGAAGGGAGCAAUGAAGAUUGCAGCUCUGUUGGAAGCUAGAGGAGUGAAACUCUCCUUCUUACUAGAUGAGGGAAGUGCGAUACUAGAUGGCAUCAUUGCGGGAGUGAAGAAGCCAGUAGCUGUCAUUGCUAUCACAGAAAAGGGUUCAAUGACGCUGAACUUCACUGUGGAAAAAGAGCCAGGACAUUCAUCCUUUCCUCCUAAGGAGACAAGUAUUGGCAUUCUUGCAGCAGCAAUGUCGAGACUGGAGCAGAAUCCCUUGCGCAAUCUGUUUGGCCAUGGGCCAGAACUCAUGACUAUGGAGCACCUUGCACCAGAGUUCAGUUUUCCUCUCAAUCUCAUCAUGAGCAACCUAUGGCUGUUUUCACUUAUUGUCAGCAGAGUUCUUGCUUGGAAACCUUCCACGAAUGCCUUGAUUCGAACUACUACAGCAGUCACGAUGUUUAACGCAGGAAUCAAGAUAAAUGUCGUCCCAUCUUCUGCAAAAGCAACGGUGAACUUCCGGAUCCACUCUGCAGAGAAGGCCGCUGAGGUGCUAGAGAUAGUUAGAAACACUGUUGCUGAUGACAGAGUGAAGAUUGAUGUAGUAGAGGCCUUUGACCCACUCCCCGUCAGUCCUUGGGAUGACCAGACAUUUGGAGCCCAUAUUUUUCAAAGAACCAUUCUGGAUACUUUCCCAGAUGUUGACACUGUAGUCCCAGGCACGUGCAUUGGAAACACAGACAGCAGGCAUUUCACUAACGUCACAAAUGCCAUUUAUCGAUUUAACCCACUGCUCUUGAAAUCGGAUGAUCUUCCCAGGAUCCAUGGAUUGAAUGAGAGAAUCUCAAUUGAGAAUUACGAGAAACAGAUCGAGUUCCUCUUUCAGCUGAUUAAGAACUGUGACAUUGACGAGCUUCCGGAGCCUCACGCAGACUCCCACGAGCUGUGAGAAACACGCCUGAGAGGAGCAGCUGCUAAGGUGGACUCUGGGAUGGCAGGGCUCUGGGCCGUAAGAUGCGGUUGUGUGUUGCGUAUUGAGCUAUGUCUGGAAUUUGGUUUUUGCCUAUUGUGGUUUACAUACAGAUGGAAAAAACUGCUUGUUGCUGCUUUAGGCAAAUGUACGGUUUGCCAGAAAGUGAUAAGAACCUGGACAAAACACAACAAGUAACCCUGGUUU